AAAAAGAAGAAGAAGAAGAAGAAGAAGAAGAGAGAAAGGGAAUUGUUAGAAGUAGAAAGAGUUGAGAGAGAGAGAGAAGUGUAUGAGCUGGAAGGAGAUUCCGUGUGUGUGCGCCUUGAGCUGUAUUGAAAACCUCUUUCCUCUGUUUUCUCUGUUUCCUCCCCUUCUCUCCUCCUUCCUUCUUUCCUUUUCUUUUUAACUCAUUCCACAAAACACUAUAUAUACCCCUUUCUUAAAACUUUCUUUCUUCAUCCUCCUUAUAUUUUUCCUCUCCCAUUUUUUUCUUCCUUCAAAACAACUCCUACUACUUCUAACCAUGUACGUCUUCGUCUCCCUCCUAGCCUUCUUCUUCCUUCUUUUCUUCCAUUAUCUUUUCAAAUUCUCUGCUCCCUCUCGCCGGAAACUUCCCCUUCCCCCUGGUUCCAUGGGUUGGCCCUAUUUGGGUGAGACCCUCCAACUCUACUCUCAAGAUCCCAAUGUCUUCUUCGCUUCCAAAAAGAAGAGAUAUGGUCCAAUUUUUAAGUCACAUAUAUUGGGUUAUCCUUGUGUGAUGCUUUCUAGUCCUGAAGCUGUUAAGUUUGUAUUGGUGACUAAAGCUCAUCUCUUUAAGCCUACAUUUCCAGCUAGUAAAGAGAGGAUGUUGGGAAAAAAUGCUAUCUUUUUUCAUCAAGGUGAUUACCAUGCCAAAUUGAGACGUCUUGUUCUUCGAACUUUCAUGCCUGAGGCGAUUCGGAACAUCGUUCCGAGUAUCGAAUCCAUUGCUAAAAACACCGUUCAAUCAUGGGAUGGACAAUUGAUUAAUACCUUUCAAGAAAUGAAGAUGUUCGCAUUCGAGGUUUCGUUACUUUCGAUAUUCGGAAAAGACGAAGCUCUUUACUUCGAAGACCUCAAGCGAUGCUACUACAUUCUUGAAAAUGGCUACAAUUCGAUGCCGAUUAACCUCCCCGGAACACUCUUCCACAAGGCCAUGAAAGCAAGGAAAGAGCUAGCAGAAAUACUAAACAAAAUCCUCUCGACAAGAAGGGAAACGAAGCGGGAGUACGACGACCUCCUUGGAUCUUUCAUGGGCGAAAAAGAAGGCCUCACCGACAAACAAAUCGCCGAUAACGUCAUAGGUCUCAUCUUCGCUGCCCGCGACACCACCGCGAGUGUUCUAACAUGGAUCGUGAAAUACCUAGGAGAGAACCCAAGUAUUCUUCAAGCUGUAACAGCUGAACAAGAAUCAAUAGUGAAAUCAAAAGAAAAUGGAGAUGACAAUCUCACCUGGGCUGACACCAAAAAUAUGCCAAUAACUUCAAGAGUAAUUCAAGAAACUCUAAGAGUGGCUUCAGUUCUAUCGUUUACUUUUAGAGAAGCAGUGGAAGAUGUUGAAUUUGAUGGAUAUUUAAUUCCAAAAGGAUGGAAAGUUUUGCCUUUAUUCAGAAACAUUCAUCACAGCCCAGAAAUUUUCCCUCAACCUGAAAAAUUUGAUCCAUCAAGAUUUGAGGUUUCUCAGAAACCCAAUACAUACAUGCCAUUUGGCAAUGGGACCCACUCUUGUCCAGGAAAUGAAUUAGCCAAGCUGGAAAUGUUGGUUCUACUCCAUCAUUUAACCACUAAAUUUAGGUGGAAUGUAGUUGGUGAACAAGAAGGGAUUCAAUAUGGUCCUUUUGCACUUCCUCUCAAUGGCCUUCCAAUUAGAAUCUCUCUCAAGAAGUAAAUACAAAAGGACAGAAAUAAACCCCCCCAAAAAAAAACAAGAAUUUUCCAAGAUUUUGAGUUUCUAAAUUAAAAAAAGAAGAAGAAGAAGAAGAGGAAGAGGAAAAUGAGUGAUUAAAAUGAGAGAAAAAGAAAAGAGAAAAACAGUGGAAAUGCUCUGUGUUUUUUGUUAAGAGGAAAAGAGGAAAAGGCACCUUGAAUUUUGGGCAAAAGGGGACAGUUUCUGACUCACAAGAGAGUCAUUAUUAGUUAUAGAUUUGGAUAUACUUUAAAACCCCAAUUCACCCACAACAAUAUCUCCAUAAAAAGAAAAUAUAUAUCAACGGUUCUAAUCUUUUUGAGGUUUAUUCUUUCUUUUUUUAAAGCUUACAAAUUUUCAUGAGAUGAAGAGGAAAAGUCCUCAAGGAAUGAUUGAUGUAUUUACUUUUACAUACCAUUUUUUUUUUCUUCUGUAACCAUAAAAAUGCCGCAAGGCUAAUAAAUAUCAUAAUAAAAGUUUGUUUUACGACUUGGUAAUGACA